UCAGCUAUGUAAACAUGUCAAUGUUAUUAGCCGGGCUAACCACACAAGACAAGAAGACUACACGGUCUUGGCCCGACACUGUCGCUCCCUUUCGAUGUCGUCAUUCUAUCGUGGGUUCGGGAUUUAUGGCGGUCAUGUUUUCGUCACUUUAGGGUGGGAAGGGUGAGGAGGAAGAGGUCUGCGGUAGUUGGGCACGGAGAUGCUAGUGGUGUUAUGCUAAUGAUGAAGCUAACGGAGACUGGUUGUUGGACAUCCAAGUGCAUGAAAAUGACGCCGCUUUAUUCCAAAAGCACCGAAUGAUAACCGGCCGGGGGAGCGGCGUCGUCUCAGCGGGCGGCGAAUGGCGUUAUAAACCCGCUACACGCACAGUUUGCACCAGAGCAGCGGUGGUGCCUUCAAUGCGCAUAGCCGUGUAGUUCCAUCACUUUGCGUAAAGAUGUCAUUCACCAUGGAGGAUCAUUUGGAGUCGGGCUGGGUCGCUGUCCGCCCCAAUGCGUUCGAGGAGAAGGAGAAGCAUAAAUUUGUCUUCAUCGUCGCAUGGAACGAAGUGGAAGGCAAAUUUGCCAUCACAUGUCACAACAGAACGGCGCAAAGGAGAAGCUUUGGCAGCGGCAGGGAGGAGGAUGGAGACAAAACAACAUGGCUGGUAACUAGUCCUGCAGGGGAUAAAGUGUCCCGGAGCCCUGGCUUAGGACCAAGAGAGACUGCGGUGCAAGGCCUUAAAAGCAAACUUCCAGGUUCCAAACUAAGUCCUGUUAAAAUGAAGACUGUGGUCAACAAUGUGUCUUGUCAUGUUAGUCCCGAUCUCGAGGAUCUCUGUGUGGACACUCCGGACCUGGAGGACAGUCUGAGCCGGGAGGACUGCAGUUGGGCAGGACUCUUUUCCUUCCAGGACCUGCGGGCGGUGCACCAGCAGCUGUGUUCCGUCGACUCGGUCCUGGAGCCCUGUCUCCCUGUCUUUCCGGAGGAACCAAGCGGGAUGUGGUCGGUGCUGUUCGGGCCGGCCGAGGUCUCGGAGACUGAGAUGGAUGACCUGUGUUCUAAGUUACAGCUCUACCUGGGCCAUGCGCUCGACCUAUGCGGCUGGAAGAUCCUCUCCCAGCUUCUGUUCACUGAAAACGACGACCUGGAUGAGUACUACGAGAGCCUCAGCGAGCUGAAGCAGUCUGGCUACGAGGAAGUGCUUCAGCAUGAAAGUAAACAUCUGCAGGAGCUGCUGGAAAGACACAGGAGUAUGGACAGCAUGGUAGACUUGUUGGAGCUUUAUGAGGAAGAGGACCAGGCUUACGGAUGCUUGCUGGAGGCCUCCACGCAGCUGUACCAGUACCUGCUGCAGCCGUUCCGAGACAUGAGGGAGCUAGCAAUGCUGCGCAGACAACAAAUCAAGAUCUCCAUGGAGAACGACUACCUGGGCCCGAGGCGCGUUGAAUCCCUGAAGAAGGAAGACUCUGAUUGGCAGAGGAAAGCUCAGGAGGCGGUCCUUAUUAUCCAGGAAUUCACUGUAAAAUACUUUGAGACAACUGCGAGAGCACAGAAAGGUGUUUAUGAGCGAAUGAAGGUGGACCAGCGCAAGUUUGGUAAGGCCUCAUGGACAGCAGCAGUGGAGCGCAUGGAGAGACUCCGCUACUCUGUCGCCAAGGAAACCCUGCAGCUGCAGAGAGCCCGGGAGAUCAGCCUGGAGCAACGGAAGCACACGCUUAGAGAAGAGAUGCAGAGCCUGUGUAGCAGCGAGCAUGCCAUGACCCUACUGGACCACAUGGAGUCCCAGUACUAUGAGCUGCAGCUGCAACUGUAUGACAUCCAGUCGGAGAUCCUUCAGUGUGAAGAGCUGCUUCUCACAGCCCAGCUCGACAGCAUUCGAAGACAGAUGACCGAACGUCACGAUGAGGUGGUGUAUUACGACACCUUCGAAAGCGCAACAGAUAUUACACAAGAGGACACAGCAGAGAAGGAAGAACUGCACAGGCUUCAGGUCAGCGCACGGCGACUGGAGGCGAGAAGGGGACGCAUCACUGCCAAGCGCUCUUAUUUGAGGAGCAAGCGGGAGAUAUGCGUGUCAAACCACAUGGAGAAACAGCAGAUGCGGCAAAGCACGCAGAAAGACGUCUUAUCUCAGCACGUCUUACAGCUGAGGCUUGAUGAAGAAGAGGAUGAGAGAAAGAACAGCAGAGUGCGUCAAGAGAGACAAAGGACUCUGGAUCGACUUCGCACCUUCAAGCAGCGGUACCCGGGUCAGGUGACUCUCAAGUCCACUCGAAUGCGUGUGGCGCACAGCAGAAGGAGAGAGCGGGGAAAGAUCGUACCAACGGAUGGCGGAAACGAGAGGGAGGAGCGUUCCGACCCCGUUCGCACGCGGAGUCCGGGCAAGCAGCCCCUAUUCCUCAGCACCAGCGUGCAGACAGACCUCAGCUCCGCGCUCACCACCCAGCCUGUCGCAGGCCUGGCAGCGUCACUUCCUCCACUGCCUGUGCCCAGUCCCGCUGAUUCCUUCUGCUCUCCCUGCUCCCUGUCCUCCCUGCUGGCAUCUCCUGCAUCACCACCACCUCCGCCGCCUCCUCCGCCUCUCCUGCCAAUACGGGAGCAGGUGUCCCCCUCGGAGGAGAAGAGUGGUGCAGAAGUGCUUCCUCUCUCGCCGCUCGGCCCCUUCCAACCUCGCUUCUUUGACAGCAGCCAGCUGGUGAGCGCCCGCAAAAAACUGAGGAAGACGCCAGAGUUUGACGGCCGCAACAGACGAGCGAGCUCCCCCAUGGACGAGGUGCUGGCCUCCCUGAAGAGAGGCAGCUUCCACCUGAAGAAGGUGGACCAGCGGCCCCUUCCUCCUCCCGCCGACAGUGACGAUGACCCUAACAGCAUCUUAGUACAGAUCCGCAAGGGAGUCAAGUUGAGGCAAGUCCCGCAAAAAGAGAGGAAAGGUCAGGACGAGGCCGCCAGUGACCCUCUUACCAGAAGCAUCUAUGAGGCACUCCGCCGUAUCAAAGAGGCCUCGCCGGAGUCGGACUCUGAUGAUGAUGGGCUGGGCGGCCCCGACUGGGAAAGCUAGAGUUUCAGGCUCAGAUGCAACACAUUCCUCUACACUGUCAGAAGUAGGAGUACAGUCGGAGUCCAUUUCUUUUCCUUCAGGUACACAAUCUACACUCAUGUACCCCAAUGGAAGUAUUACAAAGUUACCCUUUUUCGAGUGUCAAAAAGUUACACAUAUGCUCCCAAACGACAAAAAGACGCUUCAGUGACAACAUAUUAUUUGAGUGUUGGGUGUCCAUAUACACACACGUAAGCAUACACACACACGCACACACUACUACAGUAGUAGGGGGUCGUCAUACUACUCAUCUAAUAAGGUGGUCAAAGGUCAUUUUGUUUUUGCACGCUGCGGUGACCAUCAUAAUCAUUUGUACUGUAUUUUAUUUCAAAAGUCCCACUACUGUACAUUGAUGCUAUACUUAUUUGUGAUUAUAUCUUUGCGCCACGCUAUUUACUAUUUUAAACUAUCGAGGAUAGGGGUGUCCAAAGUGCGGCCCGCAACACAUAUUUAAAAUACUAUUACAAAAAAAACCAGAAAAAAGUGGAACAAAAGAGCAAACAGGUGCAAUGUAACGAGAAAAUGUUACUAUAAUGACACUAAUAACACAAAGCUGCCAUGCAGGCAGUUUUUUUUUUACUUUAAAACUAGAAUGGCUCGAAAAAAAAUAAAAACUUAUAAUAGACAGAUAGAUCUGAAGUUGGUCUGGACCAGCGGUUUUCAAACUUUACCACAACAGAAAACACUUGGGUCUCCAAAUACCACCAUAAUGGCCAGCAUUAAAAUACGGUAGCAUAGUAGGACUAAGUAUUCAUUAAAAACAAAGCAGAAGUUUUAUUUAACAAGUGUAUUUGAUAUUUUCGGCCACGAAACAUUACACAGUUUGAUCAGUAACACUGUGUUUGAAUAUUUAGGUAAGUGAUUCUUUGGCACACCACUAGAUAGAGCCAGUGUACCAAUAGUGAUACACGUACCACAGUUUGUAUAGCCCUGAUCUAGAGAUUUAAGCAUUGAAAGUUAAACUAAUAUAUAUUGAUGCAUGACUUAUUUUUAACACUUUUAUGAGAGGGGGGCAUUUUGAAUCUCAGGCCUUUAUUCUCAUUGUCAUUGUUUAAAAAGUAACAAUGACCCAAAAGCCAUUUUGUUAUGAAUGAUUUAUCUAUUUAAGGCUCCGAUUACUUAAAAUCAAAUAUUUCAGUUUGAAAUUUUUUUAGUGGAAAAUAUUGCAUAUUUUGUGGUCUUGCAAAAAAAAUCUGGGUUUUCUUUGAUAAGAAGGGCAUAAAAGGUAAAAAAAUGUAAAGCUUUAUAUCAACGGAUAAAUCAGAAGUUAGCGUUAGAAAUAUAUGACUUGUUUUUAACACAUUAAUGACUGAGACCUUUUUGGGUCGCCAGGACCUUUAACAUUUACCAACAUUGAGGGGAGCCCUACUGGUCACAAUAAAUAUUGUAUUGGUUUUGACUAUGCCUGCGAUGAGGUGGCGACUUGUCCAGGGUGUACCCCGCCUUCCGCCCGAUCGUAGCUGAGAGAGGCUCCAGCGCCCCCCGCGACCCCGAAGGGAAUAAGCGGUAGAAAAUGGAUGGAUGGAUGGUUUUGACUAUGAAAAAUAUCAGAAUGGACCCCGUGGGCUUUUAUUUUUCAGUGUGCGGCUAUCAGUGGAAAAAGUUUGGACACCCCUGAUCUCAGACGUCCGACAUUGUGUUGUCCAGCCUAAGGAUGCUGGAAUUAAUUUUAGCAAGCCCUACCGGGUGACUGUAGCUUUAAUGCUAAUGAGCUGUGUUUGUCCACACUUGUCUCUAAGAAGCACUAUUGUGCACUUUAUCCACUUUUUCACCUCACUGUAACUCUGCACCUGUCCAACGUAAUAGACGACAUAUAUCACAUACGAUAACGCAACGUUAAGGAGUGGGGAAAAUGUUAGCAACUUUACCAUAUAGUUUUAUUAGCUACGAUGCUAACAUUACAUCACAUUUUAACUGCAACAUCGUGCUAGGCUGGCAUAUUUGCUGAAGAACAACAAAACAACCUAAUUUACAGCUCCCACGUCUGUAUCUGACUGAUGGGCAGUUGACAUAGCUCCAAGCUGUAUUUUAAGAUGUGUAGUGAAGCCUUUAAACAAAGCCUGUUAUCGUGCUAACUUUUAAGCGUAAACAGAUUCAACCAAAUUAUGUGUUAAGAAUGAUUUAUAAAUUGGGGUCAGACGGAUUAUAAGAGUAAAACGCCCACUGCAAUACCAUGAACCCUGAUAUGUCCGUCACCAUCUUUUUUUCCCUUCAAACCUAAGAGGCGGUACAAGGUGUGUCGUCCCCUUAUGUGUAUCGACAGAUAUAAAGUCCACCGCUCGUCUAAUCUGACAUGGCACACAUGCAGCAAAUCCUUUAGUAUGUCACAUUGGAUUCCUGCCCCUCCCCCUCUUGCCCUCACACCCAUGUUGCCUCAUCCGUGCAGGGUGGAUGACCAUCUGCUGAACUUCACUCAACUGUACUAUGAAGCUGCGGCCAUGUCUUUGCAAAAGAGCCCCCGAUAGGAGAUUCCCAAUAGGCUCUUCCAGGCUAAGGUGGCUGUGACUGACACUCACCUCCUCUCCUCUCACAGAUUAGGCAGACACAGAAGAAAACCGUUACUCACGUUGCUACAAGAAGACAAAAAAACACCUACACGCUAAGUUCUCAGACAAAGUGAGGGAAUGUUGGCGGCAAACUUGGAGCGAUUUUACUUGAAAGGAGAAUCUUCACCAUUGUUUAUAUUAGUAUGACACCUUGCCUUUACGCCUCCAGGAGGUUACGUUGGCUCUUGUUGUUCCUUUGUGUUACAGACCAAGUGUUCCCACUUGGGACC